AGGGGGAGCCCGAGGCAGAACUUGAGGGAAAGCUUUUAUCUUGACCUUCUCGUUACCAUCAUUAACAACCCCCCCCCUCGGUUUUCGUCAUCUCCAUAACCAUUUGUUAGCAAUACCCUACGCCAAACAUUGCUCACCAUGCUGUAUGAUUUUCUCGAUCCAGGUUUGCGACGGCCACCCACGGGUCCCGACCCCUUGAGGCGCCAGCUGCCACUCGACAUCAUGAGUACCAUUAUCUCAUAUGUGCGUGUGCCUUGUCUGCCCUAGUACUGCCUCAUCGAGAACUAACCCCUGACCAUCACGGGGAAAGGUUGAAUCUGCGUCGGAUUUAUCCCGCGUGUCGCGUGUAUCUAGGAUACUGCACUUCCUCUCAGUCCCUCGAUUGUAUAGAACUGUGGUCAUUAGGGCUCCACGGACAAGGGUAAACGAUGAGGACAACGGGGGAGGAAGGAAGCAAAGUGUAUCGGCAUCGGCGCUAGGCGCGCUGAUGAAGCCUGGAAUCGCAUCCUGUGUUCAAACCUUGCGAAUCAGAGGGGAAAUACCGGGCGGUGACGAAUGGUGGGCCAGUGGGAUGUGGAGUGAUAUGGAAGUGGUUUGGGCCAUGGCGCUGGCAGGGGUAAUGGGGAAUAUGACAAGGCUGGAGAGGGUUGAGUGAGUUGAAGCCACCAGUUCCGAGUCAGAGGGUUUACUGAUAUUGGAUACCGGACUUGCCUAGAUGGACCUCAGAGUCAUAUCCUCACCCGGUCCUUUUCGGCGCGAUGGCCAAACAUCCAACGAUUAGGUCGCUGUACGUGAUUCACCCUCCGGCCGAGCCUGCUUCGUUGGGUGAGAAGCCCCCUCUGCGGCCUCCACUGGAGGUUAUACCGGGGUUCGCCAAUAUCAGGUCUCUACAUUUUACAAAUAUCCCUACAACCUUGGCACGUAUCGAUGACUACACGGGGGCAAUAUUUUCGUCGCCGCGACUGGAGGCCCUCUACCUUGGAUUUGCCUCUCGAGCUCCGCUAGGCUUACUGCCGUUCUUUCUACCACAGAGGAUCCGCCCGGCCGGUAGCAUGGGGACAAAGUUGAGGCUAAAAGAGAUGGGGCUACGGAAUGUGUCAUUCGACUUUCCCGAGGGUGGGGUCGUUGAUGAUUGGCUAGAUACGGAAGCACUGGAAGUAUUGAGUCUGAUUGAUUGCAAGAUCACUGCAACCAGUUGUUGGUCCGGCCUGUUCGGGAAUCACAGCUCUUCACCCGCUGCGUCCAGUUCGCCAGCAAGUGUGCGCAGCGCAGGAAGUCCCGCGGGGAAAUCGAGUCGCACUAGCACGCCACGUACAUCGGCACCAUCAGCACCGCCCCCGGAAAAGAAGCAUAAACUGAAAUUGCGUAGCUUGCGAGUGAACUCUCGGGCCGAGCUCUGGGCGGGAUUCUUGAGCUCCUACGAGGGGCUGGAGGAGCUGUAUAUCCUGGACCCGAUAGAUGGAGAGAAGGAAGCGGAGUUGACUGCUCCUGCCGGGGCGUUUAUUGACGCAUUGGUGACCAACCACAAGAGUAUCAAACGGUUACGAUUGUACAGCCAAUGGAUACUGCACAAAACGGAAGUGCAGAGACUCUUCCGCGCUUGCACACAGCUACAAGAGCUUGGCCUCUCAUUCGAACAGAACCAAUGGGUAUACCCUCCCUCCCCGACACCCCCGAUACAUGCUCGACCAAUGAACCCACGCUAACCCAUCACAGCCCUUCAUGGAAGUGUUAGUCCUCUUCCUCCCCAACAUAAAAGUGAUGCACCUCCUCGAAAGCCAACUCGGCAGUAAAGCAGAAAUGGAAGCGGAACUCAUUUCCAAUCGGGAAACCAUAGAAACCUCCUUGGCCGUGCCAGGCCUAUUCGGUUUUGGUAGGUUUGGCUCCGCGCAGGUGUUUAUCCGUAUGGACAAGACUGCCCUACGCGUUAACGGGAGGGAGGUUAAGAAUUGGCAGAUGGUUCCCUUUGAGGAGGUUAGGGAUAGUGUGGGGAUUUGGAGGGCGGAGAGGAGUAUAUAGGGGUUUUUGGUACCAUGGUUUUUUUUGGGGGUUUUUUUUUGCGUCUAUCAUAGUCUCUUUUUCUAAUUUCUGUUAUUUUUAUUUUUAUUUUUACUGUGUCGGUUGCGGAGGAGGGUAUGUUCGGGUAGACUAUUGCGGGAUGGUGAAUAUGUAGGAUAUGGGUGUCAGUGAUUGAAUGGCAACUUGGCAAUAUGUGUCCAACUCCAAUGGCUAAAAAGCUUUUUUUCUCGUCUCUUCUCGAAGCGAAGUUUACCCCAAAUGGGCGCAGUUUGGGGAAAAAGGCUAAAUUCGCUUUUUACAAGUUUUAUUUUUAUUUUUAAGUUUUGAUCAGUUUUAGUUUGCAUAGCAACCAGGCCAAUUUUGAGAGAAAAAAACCAUAUCGGCAAAGAAAUUGAAACAACUCAACAACCUAUCAUAGCAGAAAUAGUAUGGAAAUAGAAGAUGAAUGUUGGCCACAGCUGUCCAUUUAAUUAUAUCGUAAAAAGUCUUUCAGUUCUUCCCAGCGUAAUAGGUUUAAAAAAAGGGGAUAUAAAUAUCAGAAUAUAUCAAAGGAUCAGAAUAACUGCCAAAUAAGAUAAAACUUGCAGAACUAUUAACCUGAUAUUAUAAUCAUGAUACCUAACAUGCAAUCUUUUUCUCAAUUAUUGUUGCAUCUAACAUACUUAAUGCAGGUUUAUAAUUUCUGUGAAAUAUUGAAAAGAGUAUGGAUGGAUAAUGUAUACUUUGGAAUAAUUUAUAGAUUGUGCUCUU